UGGUUAGGAUACUCGGCUCUCACCCGAGCGACCCGGGUUCAAGUCCCGGCAACGGAAGUCGUUUUCCAUUUUCGCAUGAAUGGAAGAGAACCUUUUAGCAAUCCUAGACUCCGCCUCCGAUUCUAAACACACACCAGACGCCAACGAUGAUAGGAUUGGAUUUCUCGAAGCAGCUCGCAGCUCUUCAAACUGUGCGAGGCGGUGUUUCAAAUUCCGAGGGCUGGGAAAUCCUUGGAAUUGAUUACUCGAGGCUUCUAAAUGAGUUAGAUAACCGUUAUCCUGGCGUGUAUUUGUCGGGUAAAGAAGCCUCUCGGCCACUCGUGGUUGCGGAGGUAUUAAGUUCUUCUGCUUUUAUCCUGGCCUCGUCUCGCGAGAGCGGAGCUGGCGGUACAAGUAUCAGCAGACCGCUUAACUCACUGAGUUCAAGAAGAGCAAACUACAAAGGCUUGAUGAAAGAUUGCUUGUGCAUCAUGUGUGGAUUAUUUGAAGUUUCUGCGGGAAUCAGUGAGAGUUUAGAACCUCCUGAUAAUUCUGCAGCAAAACUAUCUCACAAUGGCAAUACUGCUUCAGCAUUUGCAACCAGAGCUGAUGGUGUGAGGUACUUGUAAUUAUUUUCUCUUUAAUUUCUAACCGAGUAAAGUGAACACACAGCUGGGUUUGAUUCAGGACCCCACUAGUAGAGAUAAUUUUGGAUGAAUUUCUUUAGAAAGCAAUGAAUGUUUUUAGGAAAGGAGGGGUGCGUUGUUGCCGCAAUAGCUGUGGCUACCACACCAAACAAGCCGUAAUAAUCAAUUAUGUGAUUCAUUACACCUAGAAAGAAGUAGAGUGGUUUGCUCUGGCAUAUAAUUAUACACCUAAAUAAUGGAGUGGCCAUCAGUCUUUUUCUUAUUAGAAUCAGAAACGAGUGGCGUAGAACUAGCAGUUUCAUAUGCAUGGUAUUUGAGUACAGAAAUUGAGUAACAUCUAUUCAAUAAUUUCCCUUAUCCAAUUGCAUGAUCACAUUACAUCAAUCAGUUCGAACCUUGUACUAGUGGACAGCUAAGGGGCUUGAUGAGGGCUGGCCUGCUGGCUAAUUGUUCGGCUCAGCAGAUUCUCAAUAAUUUCAUAUGCAUGAUAUGAUUUUUCUGCAGAUUUUAGUCAUUGAACACUGCCCCAGAAUAAAGGCAUUAAUCAUGACAGUAACCUUAUACCCGUCCGAAGCAUCAAAGUUAUGGAAUGGGCCUCAAAGUAAAAAGGAGCUGCACAAAAAGGGAAGGACAAGGAUAGAAAGUAGUCAUCACUGCUCCGAAUACACCAUCUAAACAAAAACAAAGGGGGAUUUCAGUAAGGCAAUAGAUCAGUCAUCACAGAAUGAAUUCUGAAGCAAUUUCAGUAUCAAGAACAUAGAAAAGAAUGAACUAGUUCUAGCAAAACACAGCUAUUGUUCAUGCAAUAAAUUUUAAACUGCAUGUAUUUCAUGAUUACGAGGGGACUUCUGUCCACAUUUAUUUAUUUGUUUAACUCAAAAACUAAGAGUCAAUCACACCAUAAACACAGAAAAAACAAAAAAAGAAGGGUUGUUUAAAAUUAAAUGUAAUCAGCAGCAGAGUGAAGGCUAAAAAAGAGAGAGUUAGAAUUGAGAAGUGACCUCGACACUUGCAGUGGUGUCUCGCUGGACUUCGGCUCUCAUGGUUCUGAUUUGAAGAGUUUGUGGCCUUCGCAAAGGAUGGAAAAGGGGAGAUUUUAUGAAGUUUUAACUAGUCAAAUUUUGUAUGUUAGAGGGAUAAUUAGAAGUGAAUUAUAAUUGAAAUUUUUCAUCGCUUCAA